UGUUAUAUGAUUAUGCCAACAGCAUCAGUUAAAGCGUGUAACGCAUUAAGUCAUUCAUUUGAUAGGAGCAUUCACUUUAUGCAACAUUCAUUAAAUGAGGCAUGGAGGGAAAGAAGGAAAGAACAAAAAAAUGAGCAAGAAGCAUUUUUAUGAAGAACCUUCGAAGGUCAUGUCUAUCAUACACACAUUAUUCUUUUCCUUCUCUUGAUCGUCAUAUAAUAAAAGUAAAGAAGAAUAUG